AUGUCGAAAUACGCCAAUUCCGCUUCUUGGACUUCAUUUUUGAAGUCGAUUACGUCGUUCAACGGUGAUCUGUCGACUUUGACGGCUCCUCCCUUUAUUUUGUCGCCUACAUCGCUAUCUGAAUACUCGCAGUACUGGGGCGAACAUCCAGACUUGUUUUUGGGUCCAAAUUUCAUUACAGAGCCCGACGAGGAUGGCACAAGUGUCGAGCACCUCAGAAUGCUGGCUGUAGUCAAAUGGUUCAUUUCAACACUCAAGUCGCAAUACUGUUCGCGUAAUGAAGCUUUGGGCACUGAAAAAAAGCCUCUCAACCCGUUUUUGGGUGAACUUUUCGUGGGCAAGUGGGAGAACAAGGAGCAUCCAGGUUUCGGGGAAACCGUGUUGCUGAGUGAACAGGUGUCGCAUCACCCUCCUGCGACUGCAUACAGCAUUUUCAAUGAUCAAAACAAGACGUCUUUGCAGGGGUAUAAUCAGGUCAAGGCCUCCAUUGCUACAGCGUCUUUGAGCGUCAAGCAAUUUGGACACGCGCUUUUGGAGUACGAGAACUUGAACGAGCAAUACCUGGUCACACUUCCUCCGCUACACAUCGAGGGGAUGCUCGUGGCUUCUCCAUAUGUCGAAUUGGAGGGCAAAUCAUAUAUUCAGAGUUCCUCUGGACUUUUCUGUAUGGUUGAAUUUUCUGGCAAGGGCUACUUCUCGGGUAAGAAGAAUACUUUCAAAGCCCGAAUUUUCCAAAAUAUCUCAGAUGCUUCUGACAAGGACAAAGCCCUGUACACGAUCACAGGCCAGUGGUCGGGUCUUUCGAACAUAAGCAAGGGCAAAUCCAAGAAGGGUGAAGAGUUGUUUUACGAUGCUUCCAAGUUGAAGGUUGAGCAUUUGAAAGUCAAACCGGUCGAGGACCAGCAUGAACUUGAGAGUAGAAGAGCGUGGACGAAAGUUGCAGAGGCCAUCAAGUCGGGCGAUUUCAAUCAGAUUCAUGAGGAGAAGUCUUCGUUGGAGAAUGCUCAGCGUGAACUGCGGAAGGAUGAACAAGCGCAAGGUGUCAAAUGGCAGAGACGCUGGUUUGUGGACGAAGACUACUCAGCAGACGUCGACGAUGCGUUUGUCAAACUGGCGGCGAGUCUAAAUUUGUCGACCAAAAACGUGCCCAGCGGAACGCUGGUGGGCGACAAAGACGACAAGAAGGCAACUUCUGCAAUGCACUGGCGGUUCAAGCGAAAAUUGUGGGAUGCUGAGAAGGACAUCAAGGUGUAG